CGGCCCUUCGCUGGAAUGAUCAGAGGGAACAAAUGAGAGCUGAGAGCGCGAGAUGGUCGAGUGAGGAGAAGAAAGCAGAGCGAAUGCUCGAGCAGCGCAAGUUUGAACGAAGAAGAGAGAGGGCAUGCCUUUACCAGCAACAUGCUUGCAUGCAAAUUGAUCUAAGAAUCUACUGCUUAACUGAAACCUCGCAUGUAGAGCUAAGUCCAAGCAAAUUUGUUCACUUGUUGCUUUGAACGCUUGUUUUGAAGUAAUCGUUUUGCAGGGAAUAUUGGUUGGGUGUGUGGGAUGCUGUGUAAGUCCAUGCUUUGGUGCUGCCUGUUUUUUGUGCUCGGAACGAAGCGAGUAUGUACUUUCACUGGGUACAAAGGGUAUGAUAAAGAGGAGACAGCUACAGGCAUUUUCAAAGGAUAUUGUAUCCCAAUGUCAUACAACUAUGAGAUUGGCCUCUGUCAGGGUUACUCUGGAACAGCCAAGGUUUGCGCGGCAACUUCAAAAGCUGACAAUCAAUUCUCAGCGGAAUAUUACAAGACAAAUGAAGUAAUGUCUUCCACAUCUGCCAUCAUGGACAAGACCCUAGUCAAGGGAGGCACGUUUUUCAAGCAGCUGGCCCUCUACAUGAUCACAAAGGCCUGCAGUCAGAUCGGACCUAACGUCCAAGUGAAUGGAAAUCUGAACGAUGAUCAGAUUCAGAAAGGAGCUUGCAACUUUGUUUGGAGAAGAGAUCAGGAAAUUCAGAACGCAUCCAUUAGCAACACACCAGCAAAGAAUCAGUCAUGGGGAACGUUCCUGUAUCAAGGGCCACGUAACUUGACCUACUUUGUCUUCAAGGGCAUCCCAAAGUCUCAAUGUUCAUACGACUAUGACUGCAGACAUUUCAAUCAGCCAGGACAGGUAUUGCCUAGUUGAUGUUCCAGAGAGAAGCCUUGUGAUGCGAGGUCUAAGGUCUACACCUGCUGUGACUACUGCGAACAUUAUUUCUCCACUUACUGCGAUGCCAAACCCUAUGAGAUCUUCAAGUUCUGCAUGGAGAAGUGCAAUGCGUCUGCAACUCCGUUACGA